AAACUGGGCUGAAGCCUUCAGAGCUCUGAUGGAGCCGGAGGCCAAGUGGAACAGCUACUCAGACCAAGUGGAAAUCAGAAGGAUGUCCCCAAGAAGUCAGGGAUUCACUAAGCUGCCAGGCCAGAAGACCUGUGGGAAGAGUAUGUACCUCCUUAUUUUUGUGCUGCUGAUCUCCGUGGUCCUGUGGGGAACCCUUCUCUUCUUGUUCUUAAUCCGGUACAAAGAGAUAACCCAGGAUUUGGAGAAGCUUCAGAAGUCCUGUGUGCCUCACAAUGACUCUGGGACUGUGACUAUCAUCAAGCAGCUACAGGUGGAUCAAUGGGACUUCAAAAAUAAUAUCUCUCAGCUCUCCAAGACCCUGAACAAACUCCAGGAAGACCAGACAACCAUGAGAUCUAAAGGUACUCAGGUGUCUGACCAACUGGACAGACUUGAAAAAGACAGCACAGCCUUCAAAUCGCAGGUGCUGAAUGAGAAGAAUGACGCCAAUCAAGCUCGGGAGAAACUGCAGGAAGAGAUCCAGAAGCUCUGGAUGGAAUUCCAUAAGGCGAAUGCUUCUCGGCUUCCCCCACGACUGGACAGCCUUGAAGAAGACCCCACAGCCAAGCCAACCCAGGGCUCUGUCUGCACAAACUGCCCAGAAGACUGGCAACUCUUCCAGAAGAAAUGCUACUUUUUUGGGAAGGAGCCCAAGACAUGGUCCCAGGCCAAGUUUGCCUGCAUCAACCUUCAAAGCCGGCUAGUCAGCAUUAAAAGCAGAGAGGAGCAGUCCUUCCUAACCAAGAACGCCAAUAACAAAGGUUGUUGGAUUGGCCUCCGAGACCUGGACAGAGAGGGAGAGUUCCAAUGGAUGGAUGAGAGUCCCCUGAACUACACCAACUGGAGCCCAGGAGAGCCCAACAACCAGGGUCAGGGGGAGGACUGCGUGGCGAUGCGUCCCUUCAAUGGCAAAUGGAAUGAUGCCUACUGCCGGGGGUACCAGGAUAGCUGGAUCUGCGAGAAGCUGGCUACAUGCUGACCACUGACCAUGGCCCAAAGUCUACAACCUAAGGCUAGCACUCAGCUUUAGCCCUGACGUGGCAGGGUCAAAAGGUUUUUUUAUUUCUCAUCAAGAAGGAUCAGGGAGGAAUUCCCCUCCUAACCCUUGACCUAAAACUUUGUCCCUGAUCCUGCAUCCAUCCUAUCCCAGCUUCUGGCCCUCCCAUUCCCAUGGCUCUCUGACCCUACUCCAGGACUCCUAAUGCUGGACUAGGACCCAAACCCCCACCCUCCAGGGUCCAGGCCCUUCCUGAGCUGGGAGGGAAGGACAACCUUCCUCUGAGCCCUCACUUUUCCUGAGACUAAGGAAAGGCCAGAUCUCCAGUGCCAAUCUUCCCUAAAUUCUCCAUCCUCCAUCCCUGUCCAGAUGCUCACACUCUUAUUUGCUUCCUCACCCACCAAAGAUUCUUGGAUAGAAUUUCCAAGAUAUGGCAGGGAAGGCUGAUUUUGUUUUGGUUCUUCCCCUCCUCCCACUCUGCCCCAAUGAGUCAAAGAAUGGAGCCAGCCUCACACUGUUCGCUCAAGAGAGGAACUGUGUUCACAGGCCAGAUAAACAACAGCCCACCACUACCAGGAAAACUGGAGUUUUUCUUCAGCAACCAGAAGCCUCCUGGGUUUUUCUCACUGUCUCUGGUCCUGACCUGGUCCAGGAUCAGUCUUAGGUCCAAAAGCAGCCACCCAAUUUAUAGAUGAGAGCACUAAGGCUUCUAGCCCAGCUUAUGGCACACUAAGGGUCUAGGACUGCACACCCACCUGAGCCACAACCAAAUCUGGUUCUCUGAGAGGCCAUAUUCCACCUUCCCUUUGCCCAUCCCACCAAACCUCAUUCCUCAAGUCUACCUAUCGCUCCCCUUCCCUCAGUUCCAUUCCUAGGCACACAAAAGGCUGAAGGUGCUCUGAGAGAAUCAUCAAAUCCUGGUCUUUAGUGUCUCCAGGAUGCUUAAAAGAGCAAAAAAUAGAUAGGGCAGUUGGUCAUCUGCCUCCCAUAGGAUCUGGAGAUGAAUGGGUCCUUAAAGAUCAUUUGGUUCAGUCUCAUCUUACACUUGGGGAAAAUGUGGUCCAGAGAUAAGGGAUCUGCCCCAAGUUAGUAGUAAGUGGCAGAGCUGAGAUUUGGGCCCAGUUCUUCUGACCCUAGAUCCAAGGCUCCCAGAUUCCCAGCUGCUGUCUGUCCACGUCUUCCCUUCCCCAAACUCACACCCCUUUAGCUCACUAGCCAGGGCAGCCUGCCAUGGCCCGCAAGAGCCUUGCUGGACAAGUCUCUUUCCUUCUCUGACUCUAUUUGCUCCUGUAUACAAAAGAGAAGCUGGCCAGGCUUCUAAAGGUCCUUGUGAUUCUCAAUCCCGUAAUCCAGUGCUCAUUGAAAUAAUAGUGACAGCAUCCCUGGGAACCUUCCCAAGACUGGUCACAGAAGAACUAUUUGCCCUCCCCCGCUCAGCCCUUGAACUCCCCUGACCACUUUCCCAGAUUUAUUUUUCCCCAAAUCAUGUCCUGACUCUUUUUCCUGACAUCCUCUCUCCCCAUUCCCAGUACAAGCUAGGGAUUCCUAUCUGCAACUGCUGACAACAAAAGCCAUACUGAAUUCUCAGCUCAUUUUUUAUACAAAUGUUCAUCAAGAACAUCCUGUGUGUAGAAACACUAGGGACUGGGAUUUCAUUAACAGGGCUUAGCUCCCUCACUCCUCAGGCCUCCAGCUGUUCAGACUCAUAAGGAGAAUAAGAGCUGUCAAAAAGGACCACGAACUGAUUGAACUACUAAUGGAGGAACUUUCCAAACUGCCCAUGUUCAUGCUGAUGGCGAGGGAUCUUCCCCACAGGCACAAGAGCCAAAUCCUCAGCUUGGAAGUACCAUUCAUUCUCCUGUUCCCCAUUCAGUCUUCAAAGUGGUUCCCUGGCAUGAGCCUUUGGACUCUGGGAUCAAGAGGCACCAAGGAGGGGGGAAAGGGCACUAACCAUGAAUGACUGCUUGGGUCAUUCAAACAUGCUCAUGGAAAUAAAGCCAUUAACUAUUGUCAUAGUCAUACUAACACUAGAAGGGACUGAGAUCAGCAAAUCCAAAUCUCUCAUUUUGGAAAGAGAGAAAAUGAGGCCUGAAAGGUCCCCAGGCCAUGAAAUAGGCUAGUGACAGAGCCUAGGUUAGACAUCCCAGGUCUAACCACCAUGUUGCCAACUGACUUGCUGUAUGAGGAUGCGUUCCUUCUCUAGGAUUCAGUUUCCCAUCUUAGAGUUGGACUAGAUCUCAGAGAGAAAGGUAUACAAAAAUAUUUAAUUAUAGGAAUAAUUUUUA